GAUGCGCACCACUAGUUAUGCGGUUAUCAGGCUUUUUGAGCCAUGUAUAUGUUAUGAGCAAAUAUAUAAUUGUCACGUUGUAACUUGUAAGGAGUCCCUUUUGUAUGAAUUGUGAGAAAAAAUCGGGGUUAUAAUUAUUUACUGAAAACUUUGAUAAAAAUAUUUUUUAAAUAAAAUUUAGGAACUUAUAUUUAUAUAACUUCCAAAAAUGUAAGUGCCAAAUCCAAUGUUUCAUUAGGUUGUUUUUUAGAAAAAUGGUGUCAAUAGCGGAUGUACGUGUGCGAAGAUGGUCGCAUUUGCCCACAAAAUUUCCAAUUUCUUUUGUAAUACAGACUAUACAGUAUACCCAAAAUUUUCCUACUGUCUCUUAUUAAAAUUACAUUUUUAACCUUGGUUUUUAUAUUUAUGAGUGAUUUGUCCUCUCUAAAUUUAUAUGCUACAUCCUCCAUUGAUGGUGUCAAUGUAAGGACAUGGUUGUGACACCAAAGAUAUACAGCUAGAGUUGCGACUUGGAACACGUGAAUGAAAACGAACGGAGAGAUCCUAAACUGAAGAUGAAUAUAGACCAACAAACCCACGUUCCCUUGUCUCUGUCGCUCUAUAAUUUAGCUGGUAUGAGAAGAUUACAAAGUCACAUCAUUAUUGUUGUUGAGCUCACAAUUAUUAAUACAUGGUCCACAAUUUUUUCUACAUUUAUGUCUAUUUUCCAGGCGUAUCUACAAAUGAAAUGCUAGGAGCUUUUUCUUCUUAAAAAUGAACCUACUGAAUUUUAGGAGUAACGAAAACUAAAUUCCACCGAAUACACUUUUUUCUUUUAAAAAUGUUAUAUUUCUUAGAUUAAAAUAUUAAAACUCGGUUGCUGUGUAAAGCUGAGGUUGACCACUUGCACUCGUGGUGCGAGCCAUAACGGAGACAAUGGUGGGAUCCACACGAUCUAACGCUUUCGGUUUUCCUUUUAACCCUUGAAUGGCUACACACACCUGGCCUAAAGUUAAGACCACGAUUAAUGUAGGUCUUUUGCGGAGAACCUCUUAGCGAAUAUAAGAAACGUUUCUUAGCGAAUAUAAGAGACGUAUCUUAACUUUUAAUUAAAAAAAGUUAAAAUAAAUUUUUUAAAUAAAAAAUAUAAGAACAUGGUUAAUGAAGGUUUUUAGGGAUGGGGUUCUUAAUGUAUAAGAACUGGUUUUUAACUUUAACAAAGAAAAAAAUUAAGAACCGGUUCUUAACUAAGUUUUUAAGAACCGGCUCUUAACUUUUCUCUUUGUUAAAGUUAAGAACCGGUUCUUAAAUUACGAUAAGAAUCCUACUCCUAAGAACUCUCAUUAAUCAUGGUCUAAUGAUAUAUUUAUUAAAGGUUCUUAGUGUAAUAUAAAAACCGUCUUUUAACUUUUAACUAAGAAAAACUAAUAAAUGACUCUUAAAUAAGAUAUUUAAGAGACGGUUCUUAGUUUUUCUUAGUUAAAAAUUAAGAAACAGUUCUUAUAUUACAUUAAGAACUUCAUCCUAAUAAUCUCCCAAUAAAUAUGACCUAAGAGACUUUUUUUACUUUUUUUUAGUUAAAAACUAAGAAAAGUUCCUUAAAUCCGUUAAAAGACACUUCCUAAAAAAACCUGUAUUAAUCAUGCCCUAAACAGAACUUUCCGCCCAAUAAGCUAAUUACUAAAUUUAAUAUAUUUUCUUAGUAAUUUUAUUUCCUUUUGUAAGAAGGCGCGAAACUCUCUGAUUCGUUGAUUUGGGUAUCAUUUGUAACCCAUAUUCAAAUAUCGCCCCAAUCAAACUUGUAAUUAGGCUUGGAAAGUAAAUGGGCCCAAUCAAAUUACUGGUCCAUUGAGGGACGAUUAAAAUUAAAAAUAAAUAGUUUUUCUUUUCUUAGGAGGAGCUUUAAGCUUUGUUUGUAAAUGGUCAUUUUGAAUUUGAAUGAAAGUAAAAGCUCUUAUGAUUCUCACCUCCUCCGCUCGAGCUUUUAGUGCUAUGAAUCGCCGGAUGUACUCUACUCGAUCCAUCUCCGCAGAAUCCCUAACUCUUCCUUCCGAUUCCAAUUCCAAUUCCAAUUCCAAUUCAGAAUCAGCCAAUGGAGCUUCCGGGUCUGAGACUCGAGUAUCACCUCUAAGGAGGAAAAGGCUAAAGCAAGAAGUUUUGGAUUCAAGCAGUAGCCAUAAAGAGAUGUGUGGAGUAUUGCCAGAUAUAGAAGAUCUUUCGUACAAGAAGACAAAUGUAUCUCCUAGGACGUCAAAACUAAACUCGUAUGUAAAAUCAACAGAAGCUAGCACAUCCGCAUCGUCGUCGAUCAGAACAGCAGGCAAACCACCUGAGAACUGGGAAAAGGUGCUCGAGGGUAUUCGAAAAAUGAGUUCUCCAGAAGAAGCAACAGUUGAUCCUGUUAAUUGUGAUAGAACCGGAAGCUUUUUACCUCCCAAGGAAAGGAGAUUUUAUGUCCUCAUAGGAACACUUCUUUCAAGUCAGACUAAAGAUCACGUUACUGGUGCGGCAGUAGAACGUCUUCGUUUAAAUGGCCUUCUCACUCCUGAGGCCAUUGAUAAAGCCGAUGAAUCAACCAUAAAGGAAUUGAUUUACCCAGUCGGGUUCUAUACUAGAAAGGCUACUAAUGUGAAGAAAGUUGCGAAAAUCUGUCUCACGAAAUAUGAAGGUGACAUUCCAAGGUCUUUGGAAGAGCUACUCUCACUUCCAGGAGUUGGUCCUAAGAUUGCUCAUCUGGUUUUGCAUAUAGCAUGGAACGAUGUUCAAGGGAUCUGCGUAGACACACAUGUGCAUCGCAUUUGCAAUAGGCUUGGUUGGGUGACUAAACCAGGAACGAAACAGAAAACGUCUUCCCCUGAGGAAACUAGAGUAGCUCUGCAACAAUGGCUUCCAAAGGAAGAAUGGGUCGCUAUUAACUUUCUUUUGGUAGGUUUCGGACAGAAGAUAUGCACACCGCUAAGACCACGCUGCGGAGUUUGUAGUAUCAGUGAGCUUUGCCCUUCUGCCUUCAAAGAGACCCCAAGCAAAAUAUCCAAACUGAAGAAACCUAUCAAAAGCAAGAAAGUUUAAAUUGUUUUUGUGGCUCUGGAGUCUCCUCCUUGAUCACUUUUCAAAACCAUUUUGUGAUUAGUCCUCUGUAAAAGAUAAAUUGUUUUAAACAAAUUGUAUAGCUUUAUGGAAAAUUGAAGAGCAAGAGCAUUCUGUUUUGUAUUUAAAUAUUCUCAGAUACUUAAGAAGAGGCUGAGAGCCUGAGACUUGAGACUGAAGA